AUGGAUGACACCUCGGCGUCCGCGGGGUAUUCCCCGCCCCACAUGGAGAGGAAGAUGAGUGCGAUGGCUUGCACGGUCUUCAAUGAACUCCGCCUGGAAGGAAAACUCUGUGACGUGAUCAUCAAAGUCAAUGGUUUCGAAUUCAAUGCUCAUAAGAACAUCCUAUGUAGCUGCAGCCCCUACUUUAGGGCUUUGUUUACCAGUGGCUGGAAUAACACGGAGAAGAGAGUGUACAACAUCCCUGGCAUUUCACCCGACAUGAUGCGGCUGAUCAUCGAGUACGCCUACACCAGGGCAGUGCCGGUCACUGCUGACAAUGUCGAGAGCUUGCUGGCCGCCGCGGACCAGUUCAACAUCAUGGGCAUCAUCCGAGGGUGCUGCGAGUUCCUCAAAUCUCAGCUGUGCUUGGAAAACUGCAUUGGCAUCUGCAGAUUCACGGACUACUACCACUGCCCCGAGCUGCGGCAAACAGCCUACAUGUUCAUCCUGCAUAACUUCGAGGAGAUGACCAAGGUGUCCACCGAGUUCCUCGAGCUCUCGGUCAAUGAGCUCAAAGACAUCAUUGAGAAAGACGAACUGAACGUGCGGCAGGAGGACGCCGUGUUCGAGGCCAUCGUGAAAUGGAUUUCGCACGAUCCCCAGAACAGGAAGCAGCACAUUUCGGUCCUGCUGCGCAAGGUUCGCCUGGCACUGAUGCACGCGGAAUACUUCAUGAACAACGUGAAAAUGCACGACUACGUGAAGGACAGCGAGGAGUGCAAACCCGUCAUCAUCAACGCGCUGAAGGCGAUGUACGACCUCAACAUGAACGGCCCGUCCAACUCGGACUUUACGAACCCGCUCACGCGGCCUCGCCUGCCCUACGCCAUCCUCUUCGCUAUCGGCGGCUGGAGCGGGGGCAGCCCGACCAACGCCAUCGAGACGUACGACGCGCGCGCGGACAAGUGGGUGAACGUCACGUGCCAGCAGGAGAGCCCUCGCGCCUACCACGGCGCCGCUUACUUGAAAGGCUACGUCUACAUCAUCGGCGGCUUCGACAGCGUGGACUAUUUCAACAGCGUCAAGCGGUUUGACCCGCUGAGGAAAACCUGGCACCAGGUCGCGCCCAUGCACUCGCGGCGCUGCUACGUGAGCGUCACCGUGCUCCACAACUUCAUCUACGCCAUGGGGGGGUUCGACGGGUACGUGCGCCUCAACACGGCCGAGCGCUACGAGCCCGAGACCAACCAGUGGACGCUCAUCGCGCCCAUGCACGAGCAGAGGAGCGACGCGAGCGCGACCACGCUCUACGAGAAGGUUUAUAUAUGCGGUGGGUUCAACGGGAACGAAUGCCUGUUCACGGCCGAAGUGUACGACGCCAAAACAAACCAAUGGACCCUCAUAGCGCCCAUGAGGAGCAGGAGGAGCGGAAUUGGCGUCAUUGCCUAUGGAGAACACGUGUAUGCGGUAGGAGGCUUCGAUGGAGCCAAUCGACUUCGGAGCGCCGAAGCCUACAACCCCGUGGCCAACACUUGGCGCACGAUCCCCACCAUGUUCAACCCGCGCAGCAACUUCGGCAUUGAAGUGGUGGACGACCUCCUGUUCGUGGUCGGGGGCUUCAACGGCUUCACCACCACCUUCAACGUGGAGUGCUACGACGAGAAGACGGACGAGUGGUACGACGCGCACGACAUGAGCAUCUACCGCAGCGCCCUGAGCUGCUGCGUGGUGCCCGGGCUCGCCAACGUGGGCGACUACGCGGCCCGGCGGGACAACUACGUGGAGCCGGCCCAGCGCGACGAGGUCAAGUUCACCUCUUCAACAAGUACCCUACCUGUCUGA